CCUCUGAUGGGCUGCUUCUGAGCCCUGUACUGCAUGUGUAACACCCCUGAUUUACCUAUUAUUAAAAUUAUAUACCUUAUUUAAUUUGGAACCUAAUCUAAGAAGUAAAACUACAGAACAAAAAGAAGUGCAAUAUAAUAUUGUACUCUUCCUUGUGGCCGAUUUUGGUCUUCCACUCCAGCAGGUGGCACUUCGCUUAGAGCAGCCCGUGAAGGAAGAGAGGAGCGAGUGUGAUCAAGAUAGAAAUCCAUCUGAUGAAUGUAACUUCUUAGAGUUACACUAAAGGGGAGGAAAGAAAAUCGAGAUCAACUGAAGACUCAGAUGGGUUUAAACCACCUGUAAAACCUCCAGCUGAUGGCAAGAAGACAGCGUUAUGCGUGAUUUUAACAUGCCUGGAGAGUUUGUGCGUAAACGUGCGCGCUUCUCCGUGGCUCCCCAGCUCUCUUCCCAUCCUAUCCUCAUCCUCAUCUUCCUCGGGUCUGAGCAGCAGCCGCGGCGGUCCAUCCUUCAGACCAGCUGAAAAUGGCUCCAAUCCGGAGGAGCACCACUCUGCGACUGACUGGGUUAUUGUGCCUUUUAUUUCUCGUUUUCUUCUCUCGUGGCUUCGCGAGUCAUGAUGUUGUUUCAGAAAAAUCAUCCGGAACGAUACAAGAGGAUUCCCACAGCCAAGCAAACUCCACGGCUCAUAAAAAGACUUUCCCCGUCCUCUCCUUCAACUAUGAACAUGUUAGGACGCCCUUUGAGAUCUCUCUGUGGAUCCUCCUGGCCCUGUUCAUGAAACUUGGAUUUCACAUCAUCCCCACUGUGUCUCACAUCGUGCCAGAGAGUUGUCUGCUAAUCUUUGUUGGCCUGCUGGUGGGUGGCAUCAUCAAAGCGACUGGAGAACAACCCCCCGUCCUUGACUCCAAUCUCUUCUUCCUGUACCUGCUGCCUCCUAUCAUCCUGGAUGCGGGCUACUUCCUGCCCAUGCGCCCCUUCACCGAGAACAUUGGCACCAUCCUGGUGUUUGCAGUGGUGGGGACACUGUGGAACGUCUUUUUCAUCGGUGGGAUGAUGUACGCUGUCUGUCAGAUUGAUGCGGCGAAGCUGGCUCACGUGGACCUGCUGUCCUGCCUGCUGUUUGGCUCCAUCAUCUCGGCCGUGGACCCCGUGUCCGUCCUGGCCGUGUUCGAGGAGAUCCACAUUAAUGAGCUGCUGCACAUCCUCGUGUUCGGGGAGUCGCUCCUCAAUGAUGCCGUCACUGUGGUCCUGUAUCACCUGUUUAAGGAAUUUGCUCACGAGCAGACGAUUACCGUGACCGGCGCCGUCCUCGGUGUCAUCUCUUUCUUCGUGGUUUCCCUGGGAGGUGUCAUGGUGGGCGUCAUCUACGGCAUCGUGGGAGCUUUUACGUCCCGCUUCACCUCAUACUCGCGCGUCAUCGAGCCGCUGUUCGUCUUCCUCUACAGCUACAUGGCUUACCUCUCAGCGGAGAUCUUUCACCUGUCAGGGAUCAUGUCUUUGAUUGCUUGUGGCGUGAUUAUGCGGCCAUAUGUUGAGGCCAACAUCUCCCACAAGUCUUACACUACCAUCAAAUACUUCCUGAAGAUGUGGAGCAGUGUGAGCGACACACUCAUCUUCAUUUUCCUCGGGGUUUCCACAGUGGCUGGUCCUCACACCUGGAACUGGAUCUUUGUCAUCUUCACGGUGAUCCUCUGUCUGGUCUCCAGAGUGCUGGGAGUCAUCGGGCUUACGGCCUUCAUAAAUAAAUUCCGUAUUGUGAAACUGACCAAAAAGGACCAGUUCAUUAUUGCCUACGGUGGCCUGCGAGGUGCCAUAGCCUUCUCACUGGGGUUCCUGCUGGACAAUAAUGACAUAAAGAACUUGUUCCUUACUGCCAUCAUCACCGUCAUCUUCUUCACUGUCUUCGUGCAGGGAAUGACUAUCAGGCCCCUGGUGGAGCUCCUAGCUGUGAAGAAAAAGAAAGAGAGCAAAGAAUCAAUUAAUGAGGAGAUCCACACACAGUUCCUGGAUCAUCUCCUCACAGGAAUUGAAGACAUCUGUGGUCAUUAUGGGCAUCAUCACUGGAAGGACAAGCUGAAUCGCUUCAAUAAGACCUAUGUGAAGAGAUGGCUGAUCGCAGGAGAACGCUCCACCGAGCCUCAGCUCAUCUCCUUCUACAAUAAGAUGGAGCUGAAACAGGCGAUGAUGAUGGUGGAGAGCGGGAGCGCUGCCAAGCUGCCCACAAUUGUGUCGACCGUCUCCAUCCGAAACAUUCAGACCAAAGGGCCGCCCAAACCGAGCCGAGCCAUCUCAAAGAGUCGUGAGGAGGAGAUCAGAAGACUCCUGCGAGCCAACCUGCAGAAAACCCGACAGAGGCUUCGCUCGUACAGCAGAUAUGAGCUGCUAAACGACGCGCUCGAGGACAAUAUAAGCGAGGCUCGCUUCAAGAAGCAGAGGGAGAUGGAGAGAAGGAUGAGCCACUACCUCACGGUCCCUGCAAACCGCCAGGAGACGCCCCCUGUGAGAAAAGUAUUUUUUCAACCAGAGCACAAAGUGUACACCUACGAUGACAGCGAGAGUCCCCGAGGCCGGGCUUCUCCCAGCUGUGCUGAUGAUGUCAGCGAGCUGAAGGAGACCCCUGAGAAGCCCGAUCAGAGCAGCACGCCGAGGGCCAACAGGGACGCCGAGCUGAAGUCAAAAGAGCGGGACGACCAGGGGGAUCAGCUGAAAGUAUCACGCUGCCUCAGUGACCCCGGUCCAAACCCGGAGGAUGACGAGGACAGCACCUUCCUGCCAUGA